AUGGCAAACCCCACCUUAGACAUUCAAUUGAAUAGAAUCCCUGGGGAUCUAGACGAGCUAGAUUCUGCACAAAAUUAUUUUAAAGGAUAUGACUGUAUUAAAAAUAUCCCUUUAUACUGAGGCAACGACGGCGUAAAAGUGAAGUCCAAGCUUUCCAAGUUUUCGUCAGCAAUACUAAAGAAUUGGGUUGUCCAAGCCUUUCUAAUGCUUUUAACAAUCUUUGCUUUAUUUGGCGAAGAUAUCCGGCUUUUAGCUACAGAAAAAUCAGCCGAUGACUAUUUUUUUGCAAUAGCAUUAGUCUGUUUUAUAUUCUUUGCUGUAGAAAUAUUAUUGUCUUCCCUAUCAAAAGAUAAAUAUCUCAAUAGUUUUUUCUUCUGGCUUGAUAUCUUGGCAACGUUUACCCUUAUACUUGACGUGGGCUGGAUAUGAGAUUUCGCGACUGGUGAAAAUCAUAGCCAAGACUCUGAAGACGUCCAGAAAAGCCAUAUUUCUCUGAACGAAUUGGAAGAAAUUACUGGUCCGAGGAACAUAAGGUUCAUGAGAAUAUUCAGAGUGGUAAGACUAGUGAGGAUUGUGAAAAUUUACAAAUUAGCAGUUGAGCGAGACUUACAAAAAAAUGAAAAAAAAGGAGAUCAAAGAAUUGAAAUCCGAUUUAGAGGAGAUGAUGCACCAAUUUUUGUAGAGGUUCUAGAUGAAAGAUCUCAGAACAGAGAUAUUGAUUUUGAUAACUGGGAAGACCAAGUUUCGCACUCUUCAAGCUUAUUUUCUAUGAGAUCAAUGUCGUCUGACGGACACCCCAUUGAUCCUCAAUCUACUGGCUUGAAUUUCGAUAUCCCUCCUAAUAUGGUUGUUAUAAAUAAUGAAGCAAGAAAAAAGAACGAAAAUAAUGACCCGAAGCCAGACCCUGAAGCAAAACUUGGAAACAGGCUAACUGAUGUCAUCAUGAACAGAGUAAUUAUGCUUGUUAUAGGCGCUGUGUUUGUUUUUCCUAUGUUUUACCCGUCACUUUACCUCAAUGACUAUAAGUUUUUGGAGUUUGGGCUGCAAUGCAUUUAUGAUGUAAUUCAUGAGCACCAAGAAUUUGAUAUAGCUUGAAAUUCAUAUGUAGAUGCAUACAGAGACUUGGAUGACCCCUUGAUUUAUCUCCAAGCCAAAAACAAAAAGCUUUGAAAAGGAGGUGUUAAUUUAGAUGAGCUAAGGCUAUGUGAAGUUCUUAUUUUCACUGUUGAUAAAAUGGACCCAGACUAUUAUUAUUGGAUGGUCGCAGUUUUCAAUAUGAAAAGCACAAGCAAGAUGGAAGCCUGAAUGAGCAUGGUUAGAACUGCUUUUAUUUGCUUUAUGAUUGGAAUUGCUUCUGUGCUAUAGGGCUUUACCCUGAGUAGCCCUAUAAGGAAGAUGAUUCCCGGUGGAAUCAUCGAGUUGGCUCAACUAACAAGCGAGUUGGUCCAACUAACAAGCGAGCUGGUCCAACCAACAAGCAAGUUGGUCCAACCAACAAGUGAGUUAGUCCAACCAACAAGCGAGUUGUUCCAGCCAACAAGCGAGUUGGUCCGACCAACGCACUAAGUUGGUUGGACCAACUCGAUGAUUCCACCGGGAAAUCAUCUGCCCUUAUAGGGCUACACAGGGUAAAACCCUAUACUUACAAAAGGGACCAAGGACAUAUUACUUAAGCCGCUAGAAAAAAUGACUGAUAGAAUCCAAAAAAUGUCAAAAGAUCCCAUACUGGCUGUGCAAUAUGAAGAAUAUGAGUCAUAUCAAAGAGACUUGCUAUCCCACAAAAACAAAAAGAAGCAAAAUGUUGCUGAAGAAAUAAAACUUCUGGAAAAUGCUAUCUCAAAAAUCGGCGCACUUUUAUCUGCGGGAUUCGGAGAAAUCGGUGCCGAGAUAAUUGCUUGUAACAUGAGGAGCAAUGGAGGUGAAAUUAAUCCAUUAAUACCAGGAAGACGGUGCUUCUGUAUUUUUGGAGUUUUGAGCAUAAAAAGUCUGCAAGAAAUUUCUUAUGAUUUAAAAGAAGACACGGUUCAGCUUAUAUACCUAUCUGCAAUAAGCCAGACUUAUGAUAAGUAUUUAUAUGAAAAAUAGAAUAAUCGUAAUAUAUUAAUUCAUUUUAAACGAUUAUAAAUAAAAUUUCUCACAUAGCUCAUCAUGUAGCUAGUAAAUAUUCAGGAUUUGCAAGUAAAAUAUAUGGGGAAAAAUUGGUAAUAGUAUGGAAAUUCCCUGAUGAGUGUAUUGAUUUAGACGUUUUUAGCAAUGCAAAGGUAGGAUUGAAUGAUAAUUUUUAUGUAAAGGAAAUUGCAGAUAUGGCAAUUGUUUGCUUUGCAAAAGUAUUGGCAGAAUUGAUGAAAAAUCGAAUAAAUUUGAACAAUGGGUAUAGUAAGGAAAUAAUUUCUGAGAGCUGUAAUAAGAUAGGAAUUGGUCUGCAUCAAGGAUGAGGAUUGGAAGGGACAAUUGGGAGCGAUUUGAAAAUCGAUCCUAUUUACUUAUCUCCAAAUUUAGAUUUUGCAAUUAAAUUAGCUGAUUUGUCAAAUAUGAAUGAUGCUCCGAUUCUAAUAAGUGAAGAUAUGUAUAAAAUUUGCUCAAAAAUAACGAAAACCAAGCUUAGAAAGUUAGAUAAAGUUAUGAUAACAGAAGAAAAGCAAAUUGAUAUAUAUGGAUGCAACUUAGAUUUAAGCAGAAUUAAUUCAAUCAAAUCUGAACUAGAAAACUCAGAAAAAAAUAGAGUUUUAAAUAGAAUAGCAAGAGAGAAGCUAACCCUCUCUUUUUAAUCUCAUAUAGGUUCAGUUAAAUUUUAAUAAUUUUUUGAUGCUUUUUUUAAAAUAAUUUUUAUGAUAAAUUGGGGAUUAAGAGAAUCAUCUAAAAGUGGAGAUUUUAAAAUUUCAAAAUUAUGGGAAGAAGAUGAAGACCUGAGAAAUAUGAAGCAAUCCGCUGAGCAGUAA